AUCAAUGUUUUAGGUGCCGUUAGAGGAAGAGGAGACGGUGGGUUCCCCUAAAGGUGUCCAAGCCCUGCCUGAGAUGGAGCAGAAGGAGUUUAGUGUGGAGACCAAAGAGGAAGAUGAUGAUGGGGAUACUGGACACUUGGGCGAUGAAAGGAAAAGUGAGAAUGAGAGGCAACCAGGUGAGGAUUCCCCAGAAAGACCAGAGUGUGAAGCAUUGAAGAAGAAUUUUUGGAGCCAAGAUGGAAGUCUCACAGAAGAGCCGGAAGAAAAGUCCUUCCCCUUUCAGGUGGGAGACUCCCACGAAAUCUCAAUCCAGCAGGAAAGUGAAGAAGAAAAAAAGGGGACUGCUUUCUCCAGUGUUCGUAGUAGGAGAAAGUCUAUGAAUUCGAAACUUGGUGAGAUGAACCAUCCAAGGAUCCCAAAAGGGAAGAAGAAGAGGGCCCAUCUUAAGUCACACCAGAUAAUCCACACAGGGGAGAAGCCGUAUCAGUGCUUGGAGUGUGGGAAAUGCUUUGGUCAGAAGGCCAAUCUCUAUAAACACCAGAAAAUUCACACUGGGGAGAAGCCGUAUCAGUGCUUGGAGUGUGGGAAAUGCUUUGGUCGGAGUUCACACCUUACUUCCCAUAAGAGAAUCCACACUGGGGAGAAGCCGUAUCAGUGCUUGGAGUGUGGGAAAUGCUUUGGUCAGAAGGGCAACCUCACGUCACACCAGAAUAUUCACACUGGGGAGAAGCCGUAUAAAUGUCUAGAGUGUGGAAAGAGUUUCAAUGACCGGUCCACCUUUGUCAGACAUAAGAGAAUCCACACCAGAGAGAAGCCCUAUCAGUGCUUGGAGUGUGGGAAAUGCUUUGGUCGGAGUGAGUAUCUCAAGAAACACCAGAACAUUCACACUGGGGGGAAGCUUUAGAAAUGUACAGAAUGCAAUAAGAGUUUCAGCAACGGGUCGACCUUUGUCAGACAUAAGAGAAUCCACACCAGAGGGAAACCAUACUCCUAAUCAGAUUGCAGGAAGGGCUUUAGCAAAACGACUAGCCCGACCUUACGUCAGAGAAUCCAUGGUGAGAGAAGAUGCCACACAAAAAUCAACAUUUGCUGGAUGCUGGCAUGGCUGUGUUAGUCCUUUCAACGAAUGGAACGGACAGUCUAGUGGCAUCUUAAAAAGGAACACCCUAUACCAGCCAUCCUCAAACCUUUUAAGCAGAGGGCCAGUUCAUGGUUCCUCAGAGUGUUGGGAGGCUGCAACUACAUUGGAUUCACAAACAACAGUUAGAUUGGCUAACAAACGAACAAAGGGAGAGGUUACAUUUUCCCUCAGCAUUCACACACAGGUACAUGUAUCCAUCUUCAUGCAUACAAAUAUUACCAUCUCUUUCCUCCCUCCUUGGAGAAGCACAUGCUUAGGCCAGGCCCUGCUUUUCCUGCAGCUGCCAACGCAAAACUCCAAUAUUGAUCUUUUUUCCCUAAGAACAAUGCCAAGGAUCAGACCCCUAUUUCCAUACAGCAGAACUGCCUCUCUGCAACGCAUAUCGUGACUCCAGAAUGCACUCCUUCCUCUUCCCAUGAGAAAAGGAGGCCCCAAAAGGGACCAGACUGCUUCCCUGGAAAUCUGCCACUUUCCCAUACUCCAUCUCCACUGAGCAUGGCGAGUGAACAGCGCUGCUGUCUGUCACACUUUCUGGAUCGUCAUAAGGUCACCUAUAUAGCAAUAUUUUGCUGAUGUUGUCCUAAGGUUGUAAAUGAAUGAUCGACAUCUUCCAUCCUGGCUCCAUCUCAGUUUCCUGCCCAGAUGUUGACUCUUCUUCAUUGGUGUUGGCCUUGUGUUGACUUCCUUCUUAAUAGUUAUAAAUGUUUCCUCAACUUGAUGUAAACAUUGCUCUUAUCAUUGUCACAGUUCUUAUCACAGACGACCAGGCAGGUCAACUACUUCAGCUCUCAAGAGCAGCUUUUAAUCACAGUUCAGCAAGCAGGUAGUAAGUCAUUGUAGGCCUUAAUAUUUUAGACUGGUGUCUCCAAAAUGUAGCUCUCAUUCAUUCAUCUUCCAUUCGGUUCAUUCAUACCUACACAUAAUAUCAAAUCCACAUUUAUCAAAUCUGCACUUCAUGUUUUGUAACGUAGAAGGGCCCUUAGUCAUGCGGCCUUCCCAUUUUCCUCUCAACUUUCUAUGCACCAAGUAUAGCUGUCUUUUCCAGUGAAUCGCCAUCUCCAUAUUAGCCUUUGAGACUUCUAGUGAUGGUUCACACUGGAUUUGCUAUUGAUGCCCAAUAGCAAAUCUAAUAUACCGAAAACGGGUGCCACAUUUCAAAUUAGGUGAUUUGUAGUUCUUUUCUCACGUCUCAUUCUUUCAGCCACACUGGAGAUCCACCUCCCGUUCACCCCCUCCCGCCACAAAUGCUCUUUGGUCUAAAUGCCUCCGCCUGAUGUAGUUCUCAUAGGAAGUUCUGUCUUGAGCUGAGCAUCAGUCUUGGCCGUAACCAGGGGCUGAGCAUGAACUCCAAAGCUCUUGCCGAAAGCCUGGGGUAGGAAGUGUGUGAUCUUAGGGAGCCUCCAGUUGGGACAAAUGUGUGGGGAGUGAAUAUUUGGGAAGGAUUUCAGAAGUGGGACCAGGGUUCAAAUCUCCACUCAGCUGUGAAACUCAACUCAGUGACCUUGGGCAAGUCACACUCUCUCAGCCCCUGUAGAAGGCAGGGCAACUCCUCCCGCAAAAUAAAGAUUGCCAGGAAAACCUAUGCUAGGUUCACUGUAGGAUGGGCAAAAGUCAUAAACAAUUGGAAGGGACUCAAAGAUUUUAAAAAUACAAAUGCCCUAAAGCACCAGAUGCCAUCUGCCCUGGGAAGCUAAGCAGGGUCAGCCCUGGUUGGUACUUGGAUGGGAGACCCCAACACACCCCAAGUGUCCUGGGCUGUAUCUCAGAGGAGGAACUGUUGAGACCACCUCUGAGUUACUCCUGACCUAAGAAGACCCCUCGUGAUUCAUGGGGCCACAGAAACCCACCAGUGAACAGAAGAAGGCACAUGAAGCACCUUAAGACUAAAUACCCUGAAGGCAGUUGAUGUGGUCUAUCUUGGGAGUUAAGCAGGGUCAGCCUUGGUUUGCACUUGGAUGGGAGACCGAGAAGGGGUCCAAAGUGCAGGAGGCUUCACGGCAGAGGAAACCCACCUUCUUUGCCCCAGAAACCCCUUUGCAAUUCAGGGGAACAACAUCCAUCUCCAGGCAAGAUCAGCAGGAUAAAGAACAAGCUGAAAGCCUGGGGACUGAAAGGACGACGAAGGAGGAAGUUAUAAAACAUUUCAUAGAACAUAAGAACGAUGGAGAGGUUAAUCGAAAUGCAAGAAUAAAUAAAACAAAAUAAUAGAUAAAAAAUCUAGAACACAUAAUUUGAAAAAAGCAGACCUGAUUUGCACUACUUCUUAUGGGUAACGUGGGGAAAGAACUUUAUUAAAACUUUGUCAGAGGAAUUUCCUCCCCGUUAAAAAAGCAUUUCCUCUCAGCUUCAAAACCCACGUGUUUCCCAGGCUCGGCUCUUCCAGGCAUUCUUGUCCAAGGGAGCGGAGGCUUCUGGGAGUUGAAGUCCAAACCCUGGAGGACCAGAGGCGUCUUGAAGGCAAACCUCCGAGAUGUGGACCUACAGGUGGCUAGAGAGGACUUCCUGCGGUGUUUUGUUUUGGGCGGAUGUGGCCCGUGUCCCCUCUUCCUGGUCCGGCUUCUCCUCCAAACGCGGCUUCUUGGGAAACUCGUGCCUUUGGCUUUUCUUUCUGGGAGGAUUUUGGAGGAAAAGGAGAAACGCCUGAGGCGGAGUUCCUGGGUUUAGAGGGAAGAAACCGGAGGGAGGAAGUUUUCCAGGUGGUAAGCUCCAGGCAGAUGUUUAGACUGCUGCAGUAGACUCUAGAAUUUCCCACCAUUUCAGGCUGGUAUUGUCCGAGGAUGAAAAUGGAGACCCGAGAAGACCUUACAAGUCAUAUACCAAAGCAGUUGUCACAGGAAGUGAGAGGGAGCUGUCAAGUUGGGACGACGGAGGCAUUCUUGCAAAGCACACCAAAGGAGGUGAAACAGGAGCCUGAAAAAGACUCGCUUCAGCAAUGGGAAACCCAAUGGCAGGAGUUCCUGAAGAGCGUGGAAGGCCCUCACCCAAACUGGGGCACCUCUCAGUCGAGGGAGGAGCCGUGGGACGACGCCAAAGCCUUCUUGGCCUCCUUUGAGCAAGUGGCCCAAGCCUGCCGGUGGCCUAAGGAAGAGUGGGUGCCCCGGCUCCUGCCAGCAUUGAGCGGAGAGGCCAAGCAGGCCUUCACCGGCCUGGAGACCGAAGGCAGGGAGGAUUAUGGGAAAGUGAAGGCCGCCAUCUUGCACAAGGAUGCCAUGCGGCGGGAAGAAGUGCGGCAGUGUUUCCGGCGUUUCCGCUACCAAGAGGCCGAGGGGCCGAGAGGGGCUUAUGGCCAGCUCCAGGAACUGUGUUGCCGGUGGCUGAAAGCUGAAAGGCAUUCAAAGGAGCAGAUCCUGGAGCUGCUGGUCUUGGAGCAGUUCUUGGCUGUCCUGCCUCCAGAGAUAGAGUCCUGGGUCAAGGAAUGUGGUCCAGAGACUUGCUCCCAGGCAGUGGCCUUGGCGGAGGACUUCCUCCAGAAGCAGCGAGAGGCCAAGAGGCAGGCAAACCAGGUGCUGUUAAAGGAAGAGGAGACGGUGGGUUCCCCUGAAGGUGGCCAAGCCCUGCCUGAGACGGAGCAGAAGGAGUUUAGUGUGGAGACCAAAGAGGAAGAUGAUGAUGGGGAUACUGGACACUUGGGCGAUGAAAGGAAAAGUGAGAAUGAGAGGCAACCAGGUGAGGAUUCCCCAGAAAGAACAGAGUGUGAAGCAUUGAAGGAGAAUUUUUGGAGCCAAGACGGAAGUCUCACAGAAGAGCCGGAAGAAAAGUCCUUCCCCUUUCAGGUGGGAGACUCCCACGAAAUCUCAAUCCAGCAGGAAAGUGAAGAAGAAAAAAAGGGGACCGCUUUCUCCAGUGUUCGUAGUAGGAGAAAAUGUAUGAAUUCGAAACUUGGUGAGAUGAACCAUCCAAGGAUCCCAAAAGGGAAGAAGAAGAGGGCCCAUCUUAAGUCACACCAGAUAAUCCACACAGGGGAGAAGCCGUAUCAGUGCUUGGAGUGUGGGAAAUGCUUUGGUCAGAAGGCCAAUCUCCAUAAACACCAGAAAAUUCACACUGGGGAGAAGCCGUAUCAGUGCUUGGAGUGUGGGAAAUGCUUUGGUCGGAGUUCACACCUUACUUCCCAUAAGAGAAUCCACACUGGGGAGAAGCCGUAUCAGUGCUUGGAGUGUGGGAAAUGCUUUGGUCAGAGUGCCCAUCUCAAGAAACACCAGACGAUUCACACUGCAGAGAAGCCGCAUCAGUGCUUGGAGUGUGGGAAAUGCUUUGGUCAGAAGGCCAAUCUCCAUAAACACCAGAAGAUUCACACUGAGGAGAAGCCCUAUAAAUGUCUAGAGUGUGGAAAGAGUUUCAUUGACCAGUCCACCUUUGUCAGACAUAAGAGAAUCCACACCAGAGAGAAGCCCUAUCAGUGUUUGGAGUGUGGGAAAUGCUUUGGUCGGAGUGAGUAUCUCAAGAAACACCAGAACAUUCACACUGGGGGGAAGCUUUAGAAAUGUACAGAAUGCAAUAAGAGUUUCAGCAACGGGUCGACCUUUGUCAGACAUAAGAGAAUCCACACCAGAGGAUUGCAGGAAGGGCUUUAGCUAAACUACUAGCCUAACUUUACAUCAGAGAAUCUAUGGAGAGAGAAUAUGCCACACAAAAAUCAACAUUUGCUGAAUGCUGGCAUGGCUGUAUUAGUCCUUUCAAUGAAUGGAAUGGACAGUCUAUUGGCAUCUUAAAAAGGAACACCCUAUACCAGCCAUCCUCAAACCUUUUAAGCAGAGGGCCAGUUCAUGGUCCCUCAGAGUGUUGGGAGGCUGCAACUACCUUGGAUUCACAAACAACAGUUAGAUUGGCUAACAAACGAACAAAGGGAGAGGUUACAUUUUCCCUCAGCAUUCACACACAGGUACAUGUAUCCAUCUUCAUGCAUACAAAUAUUACUAUCUCUUUUCUCCCUCCUUGGAGAAGCACCUGCUUAGGCCAGGCCCUGCUUUUCCUGCAGCUGCCAGCACAAAACUCCAAAAUGGAUCUUUUUUCCCUAAGAACAAUGCCAAGGAUCAGACCCCUAUUUCCAUACAGCAGAACUGACUCUCUGCAACGCAUAUCGUGACUCCAGAAUGCACUCCUUCCUCUUCCCAUGAGAAAAGGAGGCCCCAAAAGGGACCAGACUGCUUCCCUGGAAAUCUGCCACUUUCCCAUACUCCAUCUCCACUGAGCAUGGCGAGUGAACAUCGUUGCUGUCUGUCACAUUUUCUGGAUUGUCAUAAGGUCACCUAUAUAGCAAUAUUUUGCUGAUGUUGUCCUAAGGUUGUAAAUGAAUGAUAGACAUCUUCCAUCCUGGCUCCAUCUCAGUUUCCUGCCCAGAUGUUGACUCUUCUUCAUUGGUGUUGGCCUUGUGUUGACUUCCUUCUUAAUAGUUAUAAAUGUUUCCUCAACUUGA